AUGAAAAGGUUCCAUCACGGAACGUUAAAGGCGUUGGAUUUGUCGUACACCCAUUUCUCGUCCAUCGUGUCGAUUCGCAUGAGAUCCUAUUACCUCGCCUGGCUAUCCUUUUACUCCGUCCUCCGCAUUCGAAAAGCCUCACCAUCAUUUAAUGCUAUUCUCGAACUUGAUGCAUUCUAUGAGAAUUCGGAGAAAGUCAUCCGCAAAGAAAUCUACUAUGAAUUUGUCGUGGGUGACUCAAUGCGAAAAUCGAGAUGUCAGAAGAAGGAGAGAAUAGGGUCGGGAGAUUUGGAUCAGGACUCCAGAAUGAGAGCGUUAACCGUCUUGUUUGUCUCAUCUGCCGCACGAUUUUUCCAUGGCAACUCCAUCUUAUGA